AUGCAGAACGAGGAGGGGCAGAUGAUGGACCUCUACAUUCCGCGGAAAUGGUAAGCUAAUUCCACUCGCUCAGGUCAAACAUUGCAGUCCCCUGCUGCGUCUAGUGUAGUACUUCGUCUAAGUUUCUUCAAUCUUCUGUUCUCGAUGUGUUUUGUGUAGCUCGGCCACGAACAGACUCAUCACCGCCAAGGACCAUGCGUCCAUCCAGAUCAACGUCGGGCACCUGGAUGAGAACGACAUCUAUACUGGGCAGUUCACCACUCUUGCCCUCAGCGGAUUGAUCCGUUCUCAGGUUCUUUUUCCCUAUCUUUAACCUGUUGUUGGAUUUUGCCCUGGCAUGUUCUCAUUUGCUACCAUGCGUUGUUAAUGCUUGGGGACUACCUUGGUACCUGCUAUUUCUUUUUUCGAGUCGUUUUGUUUAGUUUCCAUUCUUCGUUGAUGUUCCUUGACUUGCAGAUGCUUAUUAUGUCUGGGCUUUAAAAGUUAACAUUCGUGCAUUCAAGACGCUUGACUCAGGGAAGAGAGUAGACAAUUAGCAUCGAUAUUCCUAUUAUUUAUGAUUUAAUUAUUAGUUUGACGUUUUUCCCUUGUCUGAUUUUAGUUUCUCUCUCUCUCUCUCUCUUAGAGUAGCGUCUACUGGAGGAUAUAUGCGGAUUUUAGAAUAUUAUCACUAUCACACACAUUUAGCCAGUAUGGGAUUAGUUGGGUUCAAACACAGUCGAUCAUUCACUUGGAGAAGGUAGAGCAAGAUUUCUUAAUGUCCACAACUAGGUAGCAUAUGUUUGGAUUUUGAGAUAUUACCAAUAUCAUACAACGCCCAGCAAGCUAAAUGUAUCCCAUACCGACUAAAUCUGUGAAAGUGGUAAGUUGAUAUUUUUUUUAGAGGAGGUUCUUGACGAUUAAUGGUGCAGCAUUCUUUUCAUCCACCAAGUAUAGAUGAUUGCAUUCUAUUUCAGGUGUUUUGGAGGAGUGAAUGUUUUUCUUAACCAUCCCAAUGAAGAACUCUGAGACCAAGUUCUCCUCAACAAUGGAUUUAGCUUUAGCAGCACUUUAUUUUUUUGGUUAAGGCUUAUCUUUUUAUUGAACAUCAAUAUAUAUAUAUAUAUAUAUAUAUAUAUAUUUUGAAAUGACUGACUGUAUAGGAUCCUACAACAAUGCGUAAAUCACUAAAUCGAUCACUGCAUCCGACACAUUUAUUAUUGAUAACACAGAGCCUCAAACUCGCAAUGUAUGAGAGAAUGAAUCGAGGAUCGGUUUUCAGUAGGAAAAAAACCAAUUUUUUUAUUUCCCAUCCCUCAAAAACACAAAAAAAGCUGAGAAUUUUGAUUGGUAUAAUGUGCCAUAUUAGGCACCUGUUUAAUCGUUCAGCGAGCUUUUUUCAGUCCUGAAACUCGUCCAUUGACUGCAGGCUUGUUUCAGUUUUCCCCUUCAGCCUCCUCUCUCUCUCUCUCUCUCUCUCUCUCUCUCUCUCUCUCUGUCUUUCUGUACUUUAAUAACCUAUCUUUUUUCCACUUCUGACUACGCUCUCUCCUAUUUUCUCCAUCCUUACAGUGCCGCCUUUUGUUCUCUAAUCUUUCCCAUGAUUUUAUAUUGCUCUAUCCAUAAUCUUUCCUCCUUUAGAUGACCUUUGAUUCCACUAUUUUCAUGACUACUGAAGCUUUUUCUCUUUCUCUCUCUUUUUUUUUCUCUCUGUCGGUUCUCCCUGACUGAGCCGGGGGUUUCUUCUUUUGCCAGGGAGACGCCGACAGCGCCCUUGACCGCCUCUGGCAGAAUAAGAAAUCCAUAGCCGAGAAGCUCUGA